AGAAAAACUUAGAAUGAAAGUAGUUUAACUGAUGAAAUGGUUGUUACAUUGGCUCUACCGUGGCAGCAUGUGCUUGCUUUGGAUGCAAGGUACAAUGCGUACAGGACUCCAAAUAAUUCACAAUUCCGAACGCAAUACAUAAGACGUCGAAGCCAACUUCUACGAGAAGCAGCGAAAACAGUUGACCCAACAUUUCGAAAGAAAUAUUUAAAGAUAAGAAGUCAACUGUUGGCACAUCGGUACGGGCAAAUAUCAGAAGCAAGCAGCCUUAGAAGUGCAAGCGUCCGGGGAAGUGUGUUACAUUUGGACAGGACUGAAAGUACAAUGGAGGAAAAAGUUGAAGUUCAAACAAAUCGAUUUUCUAGUGAUGUUGUUCCUACCAACCAAGCAGAUGCCAGCAGAGCAAUGGUGGGUGGUAAAAGUGUGGGGGAAAAUUAUGCUUUUGUUGGAAUGCACCACAUAUUUGAUGAACACAUAGGAUGUCCUGCUACCUCUAUAAAGUUUGCAAAUGAUGAAAAGAACCUUCUUGCAUAUUCAAGUAUGGAUGGGACCAUUUCUAUCUGCCAACUUGUUCCCAAACCUACAGUGUUGGUAACAUUGAAAGGCCACAAUGAUGGAGUUACAGAUUUCUCAUGGUCUCUCUCCAAUGAUUUGAUAGUGUCAGUAUCACUUGAUGCAACAUUAAGACUUUGGCAAAGUCAAAGCGGUUCCUGUAUUCGAGCAAUAACAAGUUCAGUUGUUAACAUGAAAGAAUGUGCGAUACAUUGUUGUUUGUUUCAACCUAUUAAUAACAACAUGGUAGUUCUUGGCAACAGUAGCGGUCAAAUUGCCGUGGUGAAUAUUUCAACUGGAAAAACACGAAAGGGAGCAAAUGGUAAACUAUCUGGUGCUGUACUUAGCAUGUCAUUUGAUUCUUCAGGAAAAGUUUUAUGGGCAGGAGAUGAUCAGGGUAUCAUUUAUUCAUUUUCAUUUGAUUUAUCAACGGGUCAACUUCGUAAAGCACAUCAGAUGGUAAUUCACGCUGGUCGGCCACUGACAUCAAUACAAGCACGUGCAUGGAUAAGUAGGGAAGCACGUGAUCCCUCUGUGCUGGUGAACAUUGCUGCUGAUGUGCUCUGCUUAUACAGAGUUGUAGAUGACCGUGGGUUGCUUCAGUUCAAGAAAAGUUUUCCAAUAAAACACAGUCAGCACUUGAUAAGGAGCAUGUUCUGCCCUCUUAUGUCAUUUAGACAAGGAGCUUGUGUUGUGACUGGUAGUGAAGACAUGAGUGUUUGCUUCUUUGACAUCGAAAGCAGCAGCAAAAUUUGUGUAAAUCGACUACAGGGACAUUCAGCUGUUGUGUUGGCAGUUUCGUUUAAUCACGACGAAAGUAUGUUAGCUUCAUGUGAUACAGAGGGCAUGGUGAUAAUAUGGAAAAGAGAAGAAUAAGAAAACAAAAAAAUUCUCUUGAACAUUGAAGAGACAAAAAUUUGCUGUUAUUCUUGAUGUUGUUGUAAGUGGUGUAUGUUUUAUCACCGAAGUCAGAGGUUUGAAGCAGUUCCAAUGCUAGUGAAUACUGCUGGUUAGAGCUAACGGUUUAAAAAUACAUGUGUAUAUGCUGUUGCGGCAAUGGGCCAACUGGCUUACAUCCCAGGUCCUCUGCUGUGCUUUGCCACAAGACUCAUAUACAAUAAAAUAUGCUUUAUAAUAUUCUACGCAAUGUUUAUGGGUUCAUAUUUAAAAAUCUUUUUUGUUUAUUUUUAUUGUGUGUUAUAAAUAUAUUAAGUGCAAUGGAUAUUUAUUAUAAUAAAUAAAUGUAA